UCCGUGUCUCUCCUGUGAUCGUACUGACACGGCCGGGGGGUUAGAAUGGAACAAACUGAAGGCCCGAUGAGAGAAAGGGAAAGUUAAGGAUGCUGGAGCAGAACAAUGGAUUUCUCUUUCUCUUUCAUGCAAGGGAUCAUGGGAAACACAAUUCAGCAACCACCUCAACUCAUUGACUCCGCCAACAUCCGUCAGGAGGAUGCCUUUGAUAACAACAGUGACAUUGUUGAAGAUGGUGGCCAGACACCAUAUGAAGCUACCUUGCAGCAAGGCUUUCAGUAUCCACCUACAACAGAAGAUCUUCCUCCACUCACAAAUGGCUAUCCACCAUCGAUCAGCAUGUAUGAAACUCAAACCAAAUACCAGUCAUAUAAUCAGUAUCCCAAUGGGUCAGCCAAUGGCUUUGGUGCAGUUAGAAACUUUAGCCCCACUGACUAUUACCAUUCAGAAAUUCCAAACACAAGACCACAUGAAAUUCUGGAAAAACCUUCUCCUCCACAGCCACCACCUCCUCCUUCGGUACCACAAACUGUGAUUCCAAAGAAGACUGGCUCACCUGAAAUUAAACUAAAAAUAACCAAAACUAUCCAGAAUGGCAGGGAAUUGUUUGAGUCUUCCCUUUGUGGAGACCUUUUAAAUGAAGUACAGGCAAGUGAGCACACAAAAUCAAAGCAUGAAAGCAGAAAGGAAAAGAGGAAAAAAAGCAACAAGCAUGACUCAUCUAGAUCUGAAGAGCGCAAGUCACACAAAAUCCCCAAAUUAGAACCAGAGGAACAAAAUAGACCAAAUGAGAGGAUUGACACUGUGUCAGAAAAACCAAGAGACGAUCCAGUACUAAAAGAGGAACCCCCGGUUCAGCCAAUAUUAUCUUCUGUUCCAACAACAGAAGUGUCAGCUGGUGUUAAGUUCCAGGUUGGCGAUCUUGUUUGGUCUAAGGUGGGAACCUAUCCUUGGUGGCCUUGCAUGGUUUCAAGUGAUCCCCAGCUCGAGGUUCAUACCAAAAUUAACACAAGAGGUGCCCGGGAAUAUCACGUCCAAUUUUUUAGCAACCAGCCAGAGAGGGCCUGGGUUCAUGAAAAGCGAGUACGAGAGUAUAAGGGUCAUAAACAGUAUGAAGAAUUAUUGGCUGAAGCAACCAAACAAGCCAGCAAUCACUCUGAGAAACAAAAGAUUCGGAAACCCCGACCUCAGAGAGAACGUGCUCAGUGGGAUAUUGGCAUUGCCCAUGCAGAGAAAGCAUUGAAAAUGACCCGAGAGGAAAGAAUAGAACAGUAUACUUUUAUCUAUAUUGAUAAACAGCCCGAGGAGGCUUUAUCCCAAGCAAAAAAGAAUGUUGCCUCCAAAGCCGAAGUUAAGAAAACACGAAGACCAAGGUCAGUGCUGAAUACUCAGCCGGAACAGACCGAUGCAGGUGAGGUGGCCUCCUCACCAUCAAGUACUGAAAUUCGGAGACAGAGCCAGAGGCGGCACACAAGUGUGGAAGAGGAAGAACCACCUCCUGUUAAAAUAGCCUGGAAAACGGCUGCAGCGAGGAAAUCUUUACCAGCUUCCAUUACAAUGCACAAAGGGAGCCUGGAUUUGCAGAAGUGUAACAUGUCUCCAGUUGUGAAAAUUGAACAAGUGUUUGCUCUUCAGAAUGCUACAGGAGAUGGGAAAUUUAUCGAUCAAUUUGUUUAUUCAACGAAGGGAAUUGGUAACAAAACGGAAAUAAGUGUCAGGGGACAAGACAGACUUAUCAUUUCCACACCAAACCAGAGAAGUGAAAAGGCAACUCAGAAUAUAUCAUCUCCUGAAGCAACAUCUGGUCCUACAGGCUCAGUAGAAAAGAAGCAACAGAGAAGAUCAAUUAGAACUCGUUCUGAAUCAGAGAAAUCCACUGAGGUUGUGCCAAAGAAGAAGAUCAAAAAGGAGCAGGUUGAAACAGUUCCUCAGGCUACAGUGAAGACUGGAUUACAGAAAGGUGCCAGCGAGAUUUCAGAUUCCUGUAAACCUCUAAAGAAAAGGAGUCGCGCCUCCACUGAUGUAGAAAUGACUAGUUCAGCAUACAGAGACACGUCUGACUCCGAUUCUAGAGGACUGAGUGACCUGCAGGUAGGCUUUGGAAAGCAAGUAGAUAGCCCUUCUGCUACUGCAGAUGUAGAUGUUUCUGAUGUGCAGUCCGUGGAUUCAAGUUUGUCAAGAAGAGGCAUUGGAAUCAGUAAGAAGGACACUGUGUGUCAGAUCUGUGAAAGCUCUGGUGACUCUCUGAUUCCUUGUGAGGGAGAGUGCUGCAAACACUUUCACCUGGAGUGCCUGGGAUUGGCAUCACUCCCUGAUGGAAAGUUCAUCUGUGUGGAAUGUAAAACCGGACAGCACCCAUGUUUUUCAUGUAAAGUGUCUGGUACAGAUGUGAAGCGUUGCUCUGUUGGUGCUUGUGGGAAAUUUUAUCAUGAAGCCUGUGUUCGCAAAUUCCCCACUGCCAUCUUUGAAUCAAAAGGAUUCCGCUGUCCCCAGCACUGUUGCUCUGCCUGUUGCAUGGAGAAAGAUAUCUACAAAGCAAGUAAAGGUCGCAUGAUGAGAUGUUUGAGAUGUCCAGUAGCCUAUCACUCUGGAGAUGCUUGCAUUGCUGCCGGAAGCAUAUUUGUAUCCUCGUACAUUCUCAUCUGUAGUAAUCAUUCCAAACGGAGCAGCAGUUCAUCCUCUGCCAUAAAUGUAGGCUUUUGUUUCGUUUGUGCUAGAGGGCUGAUAGUUCAGGACCAUUCAGACCCCAUGUUCAGUUCAUAUGCCUAUAAGUCCCACUACCUACUGAAUGAAUCAAAUCGUGCAGAGUUGAUGAAAUUACCUAUGAUUCCUUCUUCGUCAGCUUCCAAAAAGAAAUGUGAGAAAGUUAUUAAGACUGUUUAUUUGUUUCAAGGUGGAAGAUUGCUCUGCUGUGAAUCGUGCCCGGCUUCCUUCCACCCAGAAUGCCUGAGCAUAGAAAUGCCAGAAGGCUGCUGGAAUUGUAAUGACUGUAAAGCUGGCAAGAAACUACAUUACAAGCAGAUUGUUUGGGUCAAAUUGGGAAAUUACAGAUGGUGGCCAGCAGAGAUCUGCAAUCCCAGGUCUGUGCCACUGAACAUCCAGGGCCUUAAGCAUGACUUGGGGGACUUCCCUGUGUUCUUCUUUGGUUCUCAUGACUACUAUUGGGUACACCAGGGCAGAGUGUUCCCUUAUGUUGAAGGAGACAAAAGUUUUGCUGAGGGACAGACUAGUAUUAACAAGACCUUCAAAAAAGCACUGGAAGAAGCUGCAAAACGUUUCCAGGAAUUGAAAGCACAAAGAGAAAGCAAAGAAGCACUUGAGAUUGAAAAAAACUCAAGAAAACCCCCUCCUUACAAACACAUCAAAGCUAACAAAGUAAUAGGAAAGGUGCAGAUCCAUGUUGCAGACCUGUCAGAGAUCCCCCGCUGUAACUGCAAGCCUGCUGAUGAGAACCCGUGCGGCCUGGAGUCGGAGUGCCUAAACAGGAUGCUGCAGUACGAGUGCCACCCGCAGGUGUGCCCGGCUGGAGAGCGGUGCCAGAACCAGUGCUUUACAAAGAGGCUCUACCCUGAUGCAGAAAUCAUCAAAACAGAACGGAGAGGCUGGGGCCUCAGGACCAAAAGGAGCAUUAAGAAGGGUGAAUUUGUAAAUGAAUAUGUCGGUGAAUUAAUUGAUGAAGAAGAGUGCAGAUUGCGAAUCAAGCGAGCCCACGAGAACAGUGUAACUAAUUUUUAUAUGUUAACUGUUACCAAGGACCGUAUAAUUGAUGCUGGCCCCAAAGGAAAUUAUUCUCGCUUUAUGAACCACAGUUGUAAUCCAAACUGUGAAACACAAAAGUGGACAGUGAAUGGAGAUGUUCGAGUUGGACUUUUUGCUCUUUGUGAUAUUCCUGCAGGGAUGGAGUUAACAUUUAAUUAUAACCUGGAUUGUCUGGGCAACGGCAGAACGGAAUGCCACUGUGGAGCAGAGAACUGCAGCGGCUUUCUGGGAGUGCGGCCGAAGCCAACAUGUGCGUCAACAACUGAAGAAAAGGCCAAAAAUGCUAAAUUAAAGCAGAAGAGGCGAAAAAUCAAAGCAGAACCAAAGCAGAUGCAUGAAGAUUACUGUUUUCAGUGUGGAGAUGGUGGAGAGCUGGUCAUGUGUGACAAAAAAGACUGUCCCAAAGCAUACCACCUCUUAUGCCUUAACCUGACUCAGCCACCGUAUGGAAAGUGGGAGUGCCCGUGGCACCAGUGCGGUGAGUGCGGCAGCGCCGCCGUCUCCUUCUGUGAGUUCUGCCCGCGCUCCUUCUGUAAAGAUCACCGAGAGGGCGCUCUGGUUCCCUCGGCCCUGGAAGGCCGGCUCUGCUGCUCAGAGCACGACCCCGAAUCUCCUGUGUCAGCAGAGUACUGGAGCAAGAUCAAAUGCAAGUUGGAAUCGCAGGAUCGUGGAGAAGACCUGAGAGAAUAAAUGGGUGGUGAUUUCUUUUUUUUCUUUUUAUUGAAAUGACAAAAAGAAAAGAAAAAAGGGGAAUCGGUGACGCGUUAGUGGAAGAAGAGCCGGCUGCGGUGCGCGCGGCCUUGGCCUUCAGCGCUGCCUUACUGAAGUGCGAAUGGGGAGCCGGGUGGCGCGGGCAGGAGCAAUUGCUGGGAUCUGGUUCUGUUUUGUCAGCUUGCGGCCUCUUCUGUAGCGGGCCAGAUUCCCUUGGUCUUUUCUUGCCUUUUAUUGUGCUUCAAUGCCUUUGCAGCUGGAAAAAGAGAUGUCUUCACUUUUAGAAGAGAAAGUUAUGUUAAUGAGAUAAAUUUGAAGUCUCGGAUGUGUUCCUUGGGUGUAAAAAGCAAAAGUAGCCAUCAUUCCUUUAUUUAUUUUCUUCUUUUUUUUUUUUUUUUAUCUUAAAAAUGUAGUCAGGUAGUCUGUUCAGUGUGCGUGUGCGUCUCACGUAGGAGCUGGAGCAGGCCCUCUGGAAAAGGCUCUGAUGAUCUUCAUAUACCUCUUUGCUGAGCAGUAGGGAGGCUGACUUCUCUUUCCCUUCAGAACGUCUUUCGUAGUCUCAGAGAAGGGCUUUAUGGGAGUAUUGGAUCUGGCCUCUUGAGAACAAAAUGCCUCAGUGGAUUUUACCUCUGUGGUCUUAACCUAGGUGGGCUUUAUGACGUGAUAACUCUACCUAGAAAGGAAUGUAAUGUGGUUUUGGGUUUUGGAGAAAGACAGAAGGGGGUGCGUUCACUGAGUUGGAAAUAUUUUCCAUUGAUCGUGGACAUUUUUGAUGAAGUGUGUUUAUGUGGACGUGAGUGGUCAUCCCCCCUCUAUCCUAGCACACUGACAAAGGCAGAUAACGGGAGACGAGAGGCCCAGACCAGACACUGUAUCAUACAAGCACCAUUUUCUGUUCAGUAUAGUGGAGCCCCCUCGUCCAUCUUGGAGAGAAUUAAGGGCAUUUCCUCUCUUGUCUCUGCUUCCCUGUCCCAAUCAAACAUUCCCUUUGUCAGCUCGCUGGCCGCUCAGCCAUGUUUCCUAGUGGGAACUACACAAAUGAAUCUGAGCUGUAUCUGAGUAGGUUUCUUGGUUUAGUUCCUAAUUUGGGGGGCAGAAGGGGUAGGGGCAGCCCCAAGUUCUAUGUAGACAAUUUAUAUCUCAUAUUAUCUAGUAACCAACAUCGCCCCCAUUGAGGAAGGGGGACACUUCUACAGGGUAGGUAAGAGCCACACAAACACACUUCGUUGUAGGAAGCACUUAGGGAAGCUCCCGAGAAAGCAGCAUUAGCAAAAAUGGUUGGUGGUGAUGCUUGGAUCUCACAGAUGCAAGUGUACCAAGGUGUCUGCCCACAAAAUUCACUUGCAUUUCAUGUUUAGGAAUAUGUAUAUUCCAGUAUUCCUGGUAUGAAGUAAUUAGUCAUGUCAGACCUUGUUGUAACACUGUGCUAAGUAGAAGUCUAGGGCUAGCUUGAAUGAACUAUAACUUUCUCUGUGGAUUCUGACUGCUUACAGUUGCUGAUACCUGGUAGCAUUUAUUUUCCCUCAAGAAGUUUCUAGGAACCUUAUGAAGGUUGAGAGAGUAGAUGCUCGGCCACAUUCCUUCGGUUGUGUCACGCGUGUUCCUUUUUUCUUGUCAAUUUAGAGUUCUUCUCUGGAAAAAAGAAGAAACACUGUUUUGUGCCUCUUUUUUUAAUGUAAAUGUGUAAUCGUACUGGGUUUUCUCUUGUAAAAAAAAUCAAAACAAACAAAAACCACACUACAUUUCCUUUACUUAGCUCCUAAACUGCCAUUUGCCUGAUUCCAGCAAUUAAUUCUGAGGUGACUUCUUGGGCCUCCAGUAAUUCUAUUGAUCAGACAUGGUCCCAGAAGAAAGAGCAAAAUGGAAAAUGCUGUACGUGUUACCAAAUAUAAUUGCUAUGAGUAACAUGAAGUACAGCUUCACCAAAACACUAAACUCUUUGCAACAUAAUUGCUCUUGAGCAAUUAUAUGGUUUGAUAUCCUUUUAAAAAAUAAUUUAAGAAAAUCUAGGUUUUAUCAUACUAAAACUUUAUAUAUAUAUAUAUAUAUAUACAUAUAUAUAUAUAUAUAUAUAUGAUAGAUGUUUGCUUUUUUAAACUUACUAACAUGAAGGAUUUCCUUUAACAUUCGAAGUGCAACUCUUGUUGAAAUAGUAUCAAACAUGAAAUCUUCUCUCUUUGCUUUGUUUCCAACUCAGUGCUAUUUAAUAUCUGAGGACUUUUCUACGGUAAGCCAGGGUACAUCCUCUGCACUGCAGGUACCUUAGGUUUAAGUAUUUUUAUGCAGCUUCUUCAUUGUGUCGUGUUUGGUUCAUGUAUCUGUAACAGCUCUGCUGAGAUUUCAUCGUUUUUGUUGGGGGUGGGGGGUACCUAAUAGGAUUUGUUCUGCCAUUUCAGAAAUCAGGGUAGAAAACAAAGUGGCUAACCACAGCUCUGGAGUCUUUGUCCGUGACUGCUCUUUAACAGUCCGAAAAGUGGCUUCGGUCCUGCCAGUGCCAAGGAGCUCUCCUCACACCUCCGUGGUGUCACUCCUGACCUCUUUCAUGUAUUUCCAAGUUGCAGGUGAUAGAAGCAGAGAGGGAGAGAGAGUUGCGCUCACUGCGCCUCGCCAGUGAGGUAUUCCAAAAGACGUGUCUCUCUCUCAGGCUUAAGUUGGUAUUUGUUAACUUUUAAAUCUGUAUGUGUGGUCAGAGCAUAGAUGGUUGGUUUUUAUUCUUGUCCAAAAAUGAGAUAGCUCAUGGCAGCAUGGGAUAAUGGUGGUAUUUUUUUUUUAGCCUCCUGUUAAUUCUUUGGAAGAAGAAGUGAAUGUAAAAUUUUUGAUCAUCAGCGUAAAGCUUCAGAAAUCAGACAGUAACAACUACAGAGGAAAUCCUGGAAGCCCUCCAGGCACGUGCAGUGCAGGAAGGGGCUGGACCCCGGUCACAAGGGAGUCAGGAGGGCCGCCUGGGGCUGGGAGGGGGUGGCUGACCCUUCAUUCCUGGAAGGCCAAAGCAGCUGGAGGAAGUGAUUCACUCCUGUAAUAUCUAAUCAGGGCUAGAGUCAGGAGGGAGGUGGGUUUUAUUUUCAUUUUUAUCUUAUAAGUUCCUCCUCUACCUUAAUUCUCAAAAAUGAUGGCCUGAGCUAUAGAAUAGGCUGCCUUUUAGAAUCAUUGAAACUUGGAGCUGUGUGUUCAAGUCAGGACCAUAUCUUAAAUAAAUAAAUAAAUAAUGGCGGGGGAGGGGGGGGGUUGGUGGCUGCUCCUAGCUCCCUUCUGCCAUUUCCACAGACUAUUUGGAAACGUGCUUGUGAAAAAUGUUUUGAAAUUCUGAGAUAAUCAUGUAAAGGACUCUCAGGGCAGGCUGUUGGACACGUUUCUUUCAUGGUUCAUGAAGUAGAGUUUCCUUUUGGACUAGUCACGUGGUCUGUGCUCCACAGGGCCGGACCCAGAGCUGCAGUGUGGAGGGUGGGGAGGCCGCUGUGCAGGGGGGAGUCUCUGCACUGCCCGGGAUUCGUGGCUCGUCCUUCACUUCCUUUUAAGUCCCACGCUCUUCCUUUAGCAUUCACCUUAAAGUCAAGGUGCUGCCACAUGCCACGUCCCAACAGGGUAAGGAAACGAGUUGCCGUGGAGUCCUCACGGCUUGGGAAUCUUACAUUUGAUGUACUUCUCCGUGAGGUACCAUGACCUUGGGAAGUUGCUUGAUCGCUGGGCAGCGCAAAUUCCGCUCCACUUCCUUCUUCCAAGGCUGCGGCAUCUGGCCGCCCCAAGUCGUUGGGCCUUGUUGCUGCGACUUGACGAGAUCAUUGGGAACCAUUUCCUUUGGCCCAGAGCCACCUCGAAUUGGUCCCUGGUUAUCUGUAAACAAAGAGUAGAACUCCCAGUUUCAGAUGAGCUGGGGAAUAGAUGUAAUUAGACAGCUUUGCCAUGUAUUAACAAAUACUGAAAAGUUGGGAAUUUGUAUAUACUGAAAUCUACCGACUUUUACCUGGGGCGGGGACCGGGAGAGAAGGGGUAGAAUAGGGUGAGGGCGGGGACUGAUCAUGUUUACCACAGGUACGAAGUAGUCACUUUAACAUUGAGACCUCUGCCUCAUUGAAUUCAGGUUUUUUAAGUACUUGAAACUCUUCAGAUUCCCCUUAUUUUACAGUUAUUUUUAAAUUUAUGAAGUAGAAAGCAUUGUUUUGUAUACUGUUUUGAAAACAAAUAGCCUAGUCUCUUAUCCUCUUUAGCUUGGAUUAAAGGCAAAGUUCUGCAAAUGGGAGAGGGUGUCCACAGUAGAUAUCUCAGAUUUCAUGUAUGCAUUUGAGGAAGAGACUCUUGCAUGAAAUACCAGCAGCAUUUUUAUGAAUAUUUCCUAUGUAUGUUCUUUAUUUUUCAUUUUGUCAGCCCUAUCCCCGUGCACCUCCUCUUUCCUUUUAAUAUAUAUGCCUGUGUAGGGAAAAAAACAAAAAUUUGCACUUACGUUGCACUCCUGAAAUGCAGGGUGUAACCUGCGUGUUUCAAAAAACAUUUCCGUUCUUUUCUUGUCAGUCCAUUGCUUAGGUGACAAGUUCAGGUGCUUGUGGCACAUACAUGUGAAAGGGGAGGAGGAGGAGAGCGACCUGUGCCUCAGUAGCCCGUGCAAGUCCAUUACGUGUAAGACAAAGGGAAAAGAUAAACAGUUGCCAAAGUCAUUUAUUCAGCCCCUAGUUUUCUUACGUGACCUUCUCCAUCUGCGGAUUAGCAAGAAAGCACCCUUGGGUGCCAGUGUGCCCUCUCCCUGCCUGCUGCAGACCUCUGACUCGAGCUGGUGGCUCUCAGCAGCCAGCAGAUCCCCGAGAUAAGGUAUUCGUAAGGUAUUCUUGUCAGUUUAGGAGUGGACUGGAUAAAAUUUACUUUUCUACUUUUAUCUCAUUUGUGCUGUCACAUACCCUGUGUCAAAAAAGAAAAUCAUAUUGCCUCCGAUGACCAAGAUGCUAAAUGAUGAUUACAACUGGCUAAUAAUUAGGUCCUUUUUAUAUACAGGGGUGUGUGCAUAAUUGGAAUUGGUAUGAGAAAUUCAUUUGUAACCACUUGUGAUAUUGCACAACAAACACAGAUACCUACAGAUUCUGUUUUCAUUUUCUUGUGAUCUUUAUCUAUGAUAAUGACCUUUGUAGAUUGGUUAUUUCUGUACUUUGUUUAUCUGUAAUAAACUUUGUAGAUCCUGUGAAAUGUUAUUUUGCCUAAAUCACUUGAGAUUUGAGUCUUUAAUAACAGAGCAUCAAUAUUCACUAAAGUCAAUCUCUUUUGGGUUUCUGUGGCUUGGCUAGAAGCUCUUGACACUAAGGGAUUAGUGUUCAUUUUCCCUGGGGGGUGUUCCACUAGGGCAUUACUGUAUAAUGACUUGAUGUUGCCACAUAGACUUCAAGAUACAUGAUAUUUUGGGGAUUUUGUUGAUCGACCUAUGUUUUACUGCAUAGUGUGAAACGUGUAAAGCUUGGUUAACCUGUAUAUAGAUAGCUUAUUGGUGACUAGUUACAGUACAUUUAGGAUUGCCUGUAAUUUUAAGCUUCUAACUACUGUGUGUGCUGGUAGGAACAUAAAUUUUUGUACAUUAUAUUUACUGAGAUGUUGCCUUUUUUUAUUUGACAACUACUUUGGAAUUCAGACGUGUUUUUUGCUUCCGUGAGGAUUAAUUUGGAAAGGUUCUUAAUGACAUUCCACUGAUUUCAGAUUUUGCUUGAGAUUGACUUCAAUAAAUUGUCCUGUAUGUUACAAA